CAUACCACUUAUUGCGUGCUUUCAAAAUGCCCCUAACCGGCGAGGAUACCAGCAGUGAUUUUGCUCAUCAAGACAAGCAAAAAUUGAUAAAUGUGAGAAGAUACAUCAAAGGCCGCAUAUCACUUGUGGAAAAUGAGCUGGGGGACAUUUCUACCGUAAAAUCCACCGCCAUGUUGGAUGUUGCCGCCGAACGAAUUAGCAGUCUUUUUACGAGAUUGGAGGACGUCAAUCUCAAUUUGGAAUCGAUGGAUACUUCAGAGACCGCUGAGGGAUCGAAAAUCGAGUCAAGGUGUCAAAGAAUACUAACUGACAUUCGUGAACGUCGUGAGGCGCUGAAGCAUCAUUGUAACUCAUCGGCGAGUGACUCCGGAUCGACGCAAGAGCACCAGCAUAAACCGAAUCUUCCCAAGAUAUCGUUGCCCAAGUUCAGUGGAAGUUAUGGAGACUGGUUGUCGUUCAAGGAUUUAUACGUCACUAUGGUACACGGAAAUGAAGAUUUAAGUCCCGUGCAGAAGUUCUAUUACUUGAAGUCGUGUUUGGUCGGCGAAGCUGCCUCUUUGGUUACGACUUUGGAAUGUACGAACGAAAACUACGUGAAGGCAUGGUCUGCGAUUACAUCAAGAUAUGACAAUAAGCAGCGCUGCCAAGCAUUAGAUAUGCUAUGCCGUGAUGAAGCAGUGAGCACUACAAAGGUUGUGCCUCCGGCAAAGAGCACUAGUCAUGUGACUGUUGGCAGCGGCAGUAAUGCAAAUGGAGAAAAGGUGCGAACAGAGCUACCUUGAUUCUGUGUCCAGGGAUGAAGAAGGAAGGUAUCAUGUCGAUUUGCCAAUAAACAAAGAACUUCUACCAAAACUAGGUAAUUCUUACAAUGUUGCUUUUCGUUGUCUUAUGUCAUUGGAGAAAAAAUUCCAAAAUAAUUCUGACUUUUUUAAGGCCUAUAAAGCUUUUAUUGAGGAAUUUCUUAAACUUGGCCAUGCUCACUUUGUUCAUAUAAAUCCACACAAAAGUGAUGAAAUUGAAUAUUACAUGCCUCAUCAUGCUGUCUUGAAGGAAAGUUCCUCUACU